AUGUACACUUUACUUCUUUUCCUGUUUUCCUUACAAAGAAUUUGGGCGGCUCUUGAUACAGCGGCUGUGAUUUCUAUUCAAAAUGAGCUCAACAAGCACGGCCAAGAACUCGAAAUGCUGCUUGAACAUGUGAAAAAUUUGAAUGUUCGUGUGACUGACUUGGGAAGACCCGGCUCACCGGGAAUCAAUGGAUCACCGGGUUUUCCUGGAUCAAAGGGAGCAAAGGGCGAUUCCGGAGAAGAUGGUAUGCCGGGAAAGCCGGGUAUGCAAGGGAUUCCCGGAAUAAAGGGAGAUUUGGGUCCAGUCGGACCUUUGGGGCUGAAAGGCGAUAAGGGAACUCAGGGAUUUCCAGGCCAAAAGGGUGAUCGCGGAGAAUCGGGAGUGCCUGGAUUGAAAGGAGAUCCCGGGCUUCCUGGAAAAGUUGGCGAGCCUGGGUUACCGGGAGGAAAAGGAGUUAAAGGAGAAAAGGGAGCUGAAGGAUUGCCUGGAGUCAAUGGACAACCUGGACCACCUGGAUGGCCUGGAGUAAAAGGAGAAGAUGGGAUGUCGGGAAGACCGGGAUCACCUGGAUUUCCGGGAAAGAAAGGAGAUCCCGGUUUGUCUGGAACUCCGGGACAGUCAGGUCCACUCGGUGAACGAGGAAUGCCCGGCGUUCCUGGUCCUCAAGGAAUGAUUGGACCGAUUGGACCACCUGGACAAAUUGGUUUGCCUGGUUUGAAAGGAGAUAUGGGACCUCCUGGAUAUCCGGGAGCAAAGGGAGAUUCAGGAAAGGAUGGACUCCCCGGAUUGCCAGGUUGGUUGGUGAGCGACAAAGGAUACUGUAUACUUGCACUUGGCAAUUGUCCUCCUUCCUUUACGCAAAUCGGAGCCUAUCAGUCUCAUGUCGAGAACUAUCGCUUCGGUGACUACUCUCUAGUCAAAACUGCGUCGAUUGGAGGAAAUGAGGAGCAAUUUGCGUUGAAAGUUCAUGCAUGUUGCCGA